UUCCUUAUGGUUCUAAGCUAGCCAAACAUUUAAGAUUGUGAAUGGUAAAAAAAUGUAAGGCUAUUUCAGCCACCCAAAACUUUGAAUUAUUCUAAGCAUCAUAAGAUAUGAUAUUGGAUAAAGUGAAAUAAUAGGAAGGAAGAAGAAACAUAUACUAACCAUACCGAAGAGAUUUUGUUGGAAGGAAAGAAAGAAAGUAGUUUUUUUGUUUUCCUAAAGGAAGUGCUUUUGAUGGUGGUUUUGAAGCUACAAAGCAUCCAAUUCUUCACAGCUCCUCCAAAGGAGAUUAGGAAUAGAAAGAUAAAGAGCAGAUUUAUUAGAUGUGGGAUAGCAGAGGCAUCAGGUGAGCCAGCUCCAUUGGGGCAGAAAACAAAGUACAAUGAUGGACCGUUCGAGAAGGUUUUUAUGACACUGUUUGCAAGGAAAAUGGAGAAAUUUGCAAAUGCUAAAGAGCAAAGGAAGAAGAAAGAAGGGUUAUGGUGGGAUUUUCUUUAUGAUUAUGAAAGGUUUGUUGAUGUUUCAAAGAGAGUAAUGCAAGGGAAAACCCGAAUGCAACAGCAGAUCGUCGUUCGUGAGGUUCUCUUGUCUAUGCUCCCUCCCGGCGCCCCGGCUCAGUUCAGGAAAUUGUUCCCACCAACGAAAUGGGCUUGUGAAUUCAAUGCUUUAAUAACAGUUCCAUUCUUUCAGUGGUUAGUCGGCCCUUCCGAGGUUGUGGAAGUGGAGGUAAAUGGUAUAAAGCAAAGAAGUGGAGUUCAUAUAAAGAAAUGCAGGUACCUAGAGAACAGUGGAUGUGUAGGUAUGUGUGUGAAUAUGUGCAAGAUACCUACACAAGAUUUCUUCACCAAUGAAUUUGGACUCCCUCUCACCAUGAAUCCUAAUUUUGAAGACAUGAGCUGUGAGAUGAUAUAUGGGCAAGUUCCACCACCAUUUGAAGAGGAUCCAGUUUCCAAACAACCUUGCUACAAAGAUAUAUGUUCUAUGGCAAUUACUAGUGCUCCCUUAUGUCCUAAAUUGCUAGCUUAAAUACAUUGGGGUACUUCUAGUAAUACACUCAUACAGUCAUACGUUGUUGGAUCCAUACUAGAGCGUAUAGAUUAUCUUGCUAGUCGGGAGGCAAUAACGUUGUUAUUUCUUUGCAAACGAUAUUGUGUUUGCUAGAUAAUAUACAAUCAAGAAGAUAAUCUUCUUAACAUGUUUAUAAGAAUAUAGGGAAAUUUUUCAUGGUGUAUAUUAUUUUUAUUUUGAUGA